AUGCUCAUUCAAGGGCAAGCAAGGCCGCUCUUGGCCUUGGCGGUUGGCCUGCUCGUGGCUCAGCAGGCGACCGCGACCUCCCUCUCCAAGACGGGGAGCUCCAGGCCGCAGGCGGGCGUAAGCAAGCUCGAGGUCGAAGGCGAGCUGACGGGCGUCUACUCCAAGCCGUCUCUGAAUACCACUGCGAUAGACGCCAUCGACGCCGCGCUUUGGGAGGUCCUCCCGGCGGUCCCGUCCAGGGUCGAUCCCUGGCGCUCCGGGCUGCUGCCGCUGAACUGCGCGGCGUACCACGCCGAGUCCCCGUCGGUGUCUCCGGGCUUCGACUUCGACGUCUACAAUGUGACCUACAACGACUGCGACAUUCCCUGGAUCUUUUGCCGACACGUCGAUGCGCAGAGGAGCAUCGAAGACAUGACCGAAAUGUUUGGAAAACUCCCAAUCCGCAUGCGUGAGUUGGUCCGCACCGUCGUCGCGAUCCCAGCAGCCGCGCCCGAAGACGACUGGUGGGACGCCUUUAGCGCCGAAUCCGACAUCAUCGUCCGCCCGGGAGGCUGGCAGCUCCGGCUGCUGGCACACGAGGCGGCGCACAUCGUCGACGCCCACUACGCGUCGCCGAACUGGCGGCCCCCCUACAGCGGCCCCAAGUCGACCCCCGGCUCCGGCUCCGGCGUCGCGGGUUGGCUCCGGCGCCACGCGCGGGGCUGGCCGGCCGCCCUGCACAAGCUGGUGAUGAGCGGGGACGGCGGCGGUGGCGGCGAUGGUGAGCUGUACUCGUCGACGGAGCGGUGGCGCGAGGCGGAACGGCGGGACGCUGCGGUCGCGACACCAUACUCGCUGACCAACUGGGUGGAGCACUUUGCAGAGAUGGCCGGGCCCGGGCUGCUCGAGGCGGCGCGCGGGCCCGGCGCCGUCGCCGCCGCCGUGGGCCGGGAGGCGGCCGACGGGCUGAGCGCCCAGAUCGAGGUCUGGAACACCGACUGGGGCUUCCUGGUCGGCGCCGACGCGGGCGGAGGGCAGGGCGUUGGGGAGACGGGGUGUGACGUGCGGGAGAGGCUGCCGCCGGUCGAGGUGAUUCACAAUGUGCUGUAGUUGGGAUGGGCUUUGGGGGCUGGUAGCUUGGAUUUUUGGGGCAUUUGGUUUGUUUCUUGGAUUUUAUCUAGGGCCUCUGAUUUGACGGCCUAGCUAGACGGAAGGAGAGCGGUAACCCGCAUGUCCAUACCGCGUCUUGGCGCUGCUUUCCCCCUACAGUACCC